UGGGAGGCUCAGCCGUGCUGUUUGUGUCUUGUUUUGUUCCGACUGCUUGGGUGCACUGCGUGUGAUGCCCCAGUCCUGAUGGUGCAGGAGGCAAAUCUACAGCUUCCACUUUUUUAACCCCAUGCCAAAAUCAGUCAAUGCCAUACUUGGGAAAAGAGCUUGGGUUGGGAAAAGAGCUGCUGUCUCCAGCAGCCUGGUUUUACCUGCAUGGGAGAGGGAUACAUGCUGGGAAGCUGGGGAUAUGCCAAGGGCCUGGCAGUGUUGUGUUUAAAGGCAAACUGUAAUUAUGAAGCCUCUUCCACUUGUUUUUGCUGCAGCUCCCACACUGCCUUUCCUUGCAAUGCCACCACAAUGUCCAGCUGGGAUACAGUCACCGUGCACGUGGCCCGGGAGACUGCAGGCACCCAAGGACACACGAUGCCCUUGUGGAAUGCCAGGGCUUUGCAGGCAGAGGGGCUGGAGCAGGGCACAGCAGCACUGCUGGAGUUGGGUGCUUCCCAUUUGCUGCCCCCUGUACCACCCAUGGCAGCCUCAGCCCUGCCUGCUGCCAAAAAUACGCUCCCAGCUGUCUUGUGACUGCAGCGGUGUCACCGCUCCGGCCAGGGGAGCUUCAAGGCACAGUCCUCUGUCACAUGUAGCAACACGGGAAGCACUGACACAGCAUCACUCACUGAGGGGCUGGCCACGGCCCUCCAGCUUGUGCUUGGUCCAGCUCCCCAAAAUAGCUGGGACUCUUUCAUCUGGGCUGGUGUCUCUUAAAAAUGGUCAAGGGGAAUAUUAUAGUCCCUGAAGACAUCCUGAGCUUCUGUUGCAAUGGCCUCCAGGGCUCGACCUCUCCACCACGUGCUGGGGAGCCAGGGGAGCGGGAGGAGGCGCCGGGGGCCAUGGCGAGCCCCUCGCCUGCCCGCAACCCCACCGAGGUGCAGAUGAGCCAGCUGGUGCUGCCCUGCCACACCAACCACCGCGGCGAGCUCAGCACCGGCCAGCUGCUCAAGUGGAUCGACACGGCCGCCUGCCUCUCCGCCGAGAGACACGCCGGCUGCCCGUGCGUCACAGCUUCCAUGGAUGAUAUCUAUUUUGAGCACACCAUUAGCCAGCCGUCUGUAAGCCCUGCUGGGCAGCGGGACGGGAGGAGCGGUGUCGGCGUUGGGCAAGUUGUCAACAUCAAAGCCAAAGUGAACCGAGCCUUUAACUCCAGCAUGGAGGUGGGCAUCCAGGUGAGCUACGAAGACCUGUGCAGCGGGAAGCACUGCAGCAUCUGCAAGGCGUACGCCACCUUCGUGGCACAGGGCCCCUUGGGCAGCAAGGUGAGGCUGAAGCCGCUGACCCCGCAGACAGAGGAGGAGAAGAUCGAGUACAGCAUCGCCGCCGAGCGCCGCCGCAUGCGCCUGGUGCACAAGGACACCCUCAAGGACCUCCUCAUCCGCAGCCCCCAGGAAACCGAGCUGGAGACGCGGGACUGCAGUGGGGCGGUGCCUGCAGAAAGAACGCGGGUGGAGAGCGUGGAGCUGGUGCUGCCUCCACACGCCAACCACCAGGGCAACACCUUUGGUGGGCAGAUCAUGGCCUGGAUGGAGAACGUGGCCACCAUCGCAGCCAGCCGGCUGUGCCGCGCCCACCCCACGCUGAGGGCCAUCGAGAUGUUCCACUUUCGGGGACCGUCGCAAGUCGGAGACCGCCUGGUGCUCAAAGCCAUCGUCAACAACGCCUUCAAAAACAGCAUGGAGGUGGGGGUCAGCGCCGAGGCCUACGGCCAGGAGAUGUCCGUCAGCCGCAGGCACAUCAACAGCGCCUUCAUGACCUUCGUGGUGCUGGACCAGGAGGGUCAUCCCCGCACGCUGCCCAUGGUGGCACCCGAGCCGGGGGAUGGAGAAAGGAGGUACAGAGAAGCCAGUGCUAGGAAAAAAAUUCGGCUGGACCGAAAAUACGUCGUCUCCUGCAAACAGACCGAGGUGCCGCUCUCCGUGCCCUGGGACCAAAGCAACAAGGUUUACCUGAGCUACAACAACGUCUCUGCGCUGAAGAUGCUCGUGGCCAAAGCCCACUGGGUGCUCGCCAGGGAAAAGGAAAAGGUGCGGAUGUACACGCUGGAGGAGGACAAGUUCCUGUCUUUCCGCAUCGAGAUAUCCGUCUGCAUCCCGGCCAGCCGAGCCUUCUCCCUGCUCUCCAACCUGCGGCGCCGGCACGAGUGGGACAGCCACUACGUGAGUGCUGAGCUUGUCCAGAAGGUCGAUGACGAUGACAUGAUCUACCACGUGGUGAGCCAGAAGCUCAGAAACGAGAACAAACCACAGGACUUUGUUAUCCUGGCGUCCCGGCGGAAGCCCUGCAGCAGGGGGGACCCCUACGUGGUGGCCUUUCGGUCGGUGACGCUGCCCACCCACCCCGCCAGAGAUGAGUACACGCGCGGGGAGACGCUCUGCUCCGGGUUCUGCAUUUGGCCAGAGUCAGAGGAGAUGAGCAAGGUGGCUUAUUACAACCAGGCUAUGCCGGGGUACCUCAACUACGUCACCACCAACGUGGCGGGACUGUCCUCCGACAUCUGCUCCACCUUCGAAGCCUGUGAGAAGUUCCUGCUGAAGAAUAAGGAGGACCUGAUCUCACGGCUGCAGGACUUCUAGAGCCACAGCCCCCUGCUGACAGAUGGACAGACAGAUGAGGGGGACACUUCUGUGGUGGAAGGGAACAUGGGAUGGUGGCACCCAGACCCUGCCUCCCUGUGGCCUUUGGGCUCAGGGGCUGGGGUGGAGGGGCAUUACUGUACCACCUCAUCACUGAUGUGUCAUACCUUUUCUUCUUUCCUUUUUUAUUUUAUGUAGAAAUUUUGUAAGCUCUAUGUACAGGACUUGGUUUUCUAGUUCACUUAACGCUACUUGAAUCUUUAUAUGAUCCAAAAUCUUCCCAAACCAGAUUAUUUUUUUUUUCACUAGUUCUUGGUGGGGCAUAACUGGUUCCUUUUGAGGCAGCAAAGGGAGAGAGGGGACAGUGAUGUGGGGUGGGUGCUGUACCCCUCCCUGGCAUAGGGAUGAAAAAUCCCACUCUCCCCAGUGCUGCUUCUUUUCCUGGGCAGGGCUGGAAAACAGCCCCUGCUCCUCCUGGGCUGAAAUCCCACCCCCUGGGGCUGUGGAAAGAGCAGAAAUAAAAGUUUUUUGAAAGGAAAAGCACCCCUAUGUGCUCUGGGUGAGUAUCUGCUCCAGGUGCUUGCUGUGUGGUGAGCUUGGAGCAGCACACUUGGGGCUCAGGUGGAGGUGGGGUCCUUUGAGGCAGGACUGUGCUGCAGAAAAGGGGUGGUGCUCCAUGCAGGCGGCUUUUGGGGACUGCCUGGAGCUGUUGCUCUCAUGUUUGGGACAGCCUCCCUUGUCCCCCUCUGCUGGGUGCACCAACACCUUGAGAUGCAGACCCCAAACUGACUCAGAGGUGCUGAAAAAGGAAAAGACAGAGCCAAACCUUGUUCCCCAAAGUCUGGGAUGCUCUGGGAAAGGCACCAGAAUGAAGCAGGGGUGACAGUGGAAGUGCUACUCAUCAGUCACAGCGCAGGGGACAUCUGCCCUCAGGCACAGGCCUGUGGAGAGCCCCUCCCAGGCCUUCCUGGGUCACACAGCCAGAGGUUUUCUGAUGGCACUGAGGUUUCUGGAAGGCUUGCUGCCUGCUGGAAAAUGAGUGAGCCCUGGAAGCCCUUAGGCACACAGAGCUUUGGGCACAGCAGGUUUUAGAGGUGCCAGCUGUGUGGAGCCCUGUGCUUAAGCCCAAGGAUGGGUUUUGUAGAGCUUAACCAAGAGCAAGUGAUGGUGAUGCUGUACUCGGGGUGAGGUGAGGCCAUGGAGGUACCAGAAAUGAGCACAGGGUCUUUUCCAUGACCCCGGGUGUCCCUCUGCAACACCCAGUCCCUUUGCCACCCAAAUUCCCCACCCAGUUUAUAAGCAGAAGGAGCUCCUGUCCCUUCUCCUGUGGCCACCAGCCAGUGGCUCCCACCCCUGGCCUGGCUGUGGCCAUAAACCCCUAAUCUCUGCUGUAUCUCCCAUCAUAAACAUCUCAGCUCAAGGUCUGGCACGGCUGUGCCCCGACCUCCAAAAGAUAAAGCCAUCUUAGGCUGAACAUAGUACUAUACAUUCAAUUUUUGUAGAGCCCUCUUAUCUCCCAAAACUCAGAGCAAUCCUGCCUUUUUAUCACCGGGGCGAGAGCCAUCCUUUCUACUUACCUAGGAAUUGCUGCUGCUUGAUUAAGUGGAGGGGAUGAUGUAUUUGCCUGAACAUUAAACUUUAACUGACCUCUUC